AUGGACCCUGGAUCUCCUGGACCUGUGUGGACACUAAAAACGAUUCCACCACAGCUUUCUCUGCAACCGAAAUCUGUUUCCGACGAAUGCCUGUUGGCCAACAAAGACAGUUUUGCUUUUCUUGGUCAGGUGGAUAUCACGAACGCCAACAGCGCUACGUCAUACGUAGACUUUGAGGUCAAGUACGCAGGAGCCAGGGCCUUUAGAACUGACUGUCGAGUGGACAUGAAACGUGGCGCAUGCGCCGACCAGCAAACCUCGCUCUGUUACUGCCAAUCCUUCCAGGACAACGUCUACACCUUUGUCUACAACGGAACGGCGACCACGCCCUUUUCUAGGGCUGAUGUACGCCUCACAUGGAGGGACAACUCACCUACACCUUUUUUCACCUCCAGUAAACAGUUGCCCCUUAUCCGAGACAAAUGCCAGAUUCUGGAACUGACUUACCUGUCGCAGGCAACCAACCAGCAAUGCCUGAUCACAGGGGCUGACUCCCUGCUAUACAGGGGGACCCUCGACGCCACUGACUACACCGUAGACGCCACGUCGCAGACGCUUCAGUUCAAAAUGAAGUACUACGACUCGGAUGUCUAUCAAACACUGUGUCAGGUCAAUGUCCUCUCAGACGGAUGCCCCGCCCCCUCCACCCAACCCUGCUACUGUGAGAGCCUUGUGGACAACGUCUACACCGUCGUCUACCAGCAGCAGGCCACGCCCACCGGCUCCAAGGCCCAGGUCCGUCUCGCCUGGACCGACUCCCUCGGGAGGAACAAAGUCAGUGACGUCAUUGUCAAUCCUCCCAUAAAAGAUAUCAGCUGUGACGUCAUCAACAUGUACAUCGUGACAGUGGCCGAGGAGGUCAUUACAAUCGACGGCACCGUUGACGUCACUGGGCGGGCCACCAACCUCUGGCCGCGGAUAAUCAAUUUUGAACUCAAACAAGAAAAUUCAAGCAUAUUUGAGACUUUCUGCACCGUGGACAUCGGACAAGAUGGCUGCCAGACAACAAGCCCCGCCCAGUGUUUCUGCGAGAAAUUCCAGGCAGACGUCUACACCGUCAGGUACCAGAGCGCCGCUUCUGCCAAGUUUUCAAACGGUCAAGUUCGUCUGGCGUGGAGUGAUACAUCCUACAACAGCGUCUACAGCGCCUCGCAGACUUUCUCUGAUGUUAAAGAGAUUAUCGCUCCUGCUAUGACUAUAACCCCCAACUUUGACACCAGUGAGUGUAUCGUGGCUGGCAGAGAUGUGUUCACCUACACAGGCAGCAUGGACGUCAAGAACACCAACACACCUUCACAGACUGUCAUCUUUAAAGUCAAAUCCGCCGGCUCGGAUUAUUUUUCACCCGUAUGCAGCAUAGACAUGACCUCCAUCACCUGCAACGAUCAACCAAACGUCAUGUGCCACUGCCAGUCCUAUGUGAACAACGUCUACAGCUUCGUGUUUACGGGUGUUGUUUCACUAGCAUACAACGAGGGCGAGGUCCGUCUAGCUUGGCAGGGCGUGUCAUCAGCGUUUCAUUACAGCCCAAGUUCACAGUUUCCUGAAAUCAAAGAACUGAAGUGCCAUGACCUGAGCCUGAAAUACCAGGACCCACCAGAUGACGGAUGUAUCGUCGCAGACAUGAAUUUCUUCACUUUGGUCGGCACUCUGGACAUCAGCGGUUCCAGCAUUGACGUCACCACCCAGACGGUCAACUUCCAGUUUAAACUGGCCGGUGCUGAAGACUUCCAGACGAUGUGCAGUGUGGAACUGAUAACUGACCAGUGUCCACCUGACACGGACAGAGCCUGCUACUGCUCUGGCUUCGACAAGAACGUCUACAGCAUGGUGUACACUGGUAUGACAACGGUCGACUUGUCCAAGGCAGAAGUGCGCCUGAGGUGGCAGAACCACACGGACACCAAGUACAGCUCUAACGUCACAUUCCCCGUGGUUAAAGUUGGCCAUUGUAAUACCCUAGAGAUCAUCAACCUCUACAUGUAUAUUAAUAACCAGUUCUUCAUCGAUGCUACCGUAGACGCGACAAACAAGGACGAAAUCACGUGGCCUAGGGUGAUAGAUUUUGAGAUACGAGCAUCGGGAUCCGACCACUUUACUAAGAGGUGCACGGUGAAUAUAACAAAUAGCGGAUGUUACCCGGCAUUUGACUAUGUGAUAGCAGCGUGCUACUGCGAAUCUUUUUUCGACGAUGUUUAUCUUUUGCACUACGACGAUUACCCACUGCCCACCGACUCAGGGGCGCCGGUUCGUUUAGUCUGGAGGAACAGCUCGUCCUAUGCGAUUUACAGCAGUGAGGCGCUGCUACCGGAGUUUCAAACGUCUGGUUGCGGUGGGCUCCAUAGUUUAACUACCAUCAUCGUCUUGGCUAUUGCAGUUGUGUUGAACAGUUAA